GGCCGGGUCAGUCCGCAGCUGCAACUGGUGGAAGCUCCCGUCAGUCGGCGCACGGCCCGACCCCCGGAGAGACUUAAAGGGUCGGCUUGCCAAGCAGUCAAGGGGUGUCCCUGCGCUGACCGCUCUGGGCUCGUGCCCGCCAGCAUAGACGCACCCGGUCUGAGCCGGUGCCACCAUGUAAACAGUGCCCUCAGGAGGACGCUGGCUUCUCCGUCUAGGACCCGUCCGCCCGUCCUCGGGCCCAAGUCCUAUAUGAGGACACACCAUGCUGACCGGGGUGACCGAUGGCAUCUUCUGUUGCCUGCUGGGCGCACCCUCUAACGCUGUGGGACCUCUGGAGAGCAUUGAGUCUAGUGAUGGCUACACCUUUGUGGAGGUCAAGCCUGGCCGUGUGCUGCGGGUGAAGCAUGCUGGACCCGCUCCAUCUCCCAACCCACAUCCACCACUGCCAGAUGCUGCCCAGGGGGACGGGUCAGGCUUGGUCCGCUGCCAGCGCCGAAUCACUGUGUACCGCAACGGGCGGUUACUGGUGGAGAAUCUGGGCCGAGCACCGCGAGCUGACCUCCUGCAUGGGCAGAAUGGUUCGGGGGAGCCUCCGGCCGCCUUAGAGGUGGAGCUGGCGGACCCGGUGGGCAGUGAUAGCCGCUCGGGCCCAGGCAGUGCUGGAAAUGGCAGUGGAGGGCGACGACGACGAGCCCGGCGCCCCAAGCGGACCAUCCACAUUGACUGUGAGAAGCGCAUUACCAGCUGCAAGGGUGCCCAGACCGAUGUGGUGCUCUUUUUCAUCCAUGGUGUUGGUGGCUCUCUGGCCAUCUGGAAGGAGCAGCUGGACUUCUUUCUGCGCCUGGGUUAUGAGGUGGUGGCACCUGAUCUGGCCGGUCAUGGGGCCAGCUCGGUGCCCCAGGUGGCUGCAGCCUACACUUUCUAUGCGCUGGCAGAGGACAUGCGCGCCAUCUUCAAGCGCUAUGCCAAGAAACGAAACGUGCUCAUUGGGCAUUCCUACGGGGUCUCCUUCUGCACAUUCCUGGCACACGAGUACCCAGACCUGGUGCACAAGGUGAUCAUGAUCAAUGGCGGCGGCCCCACAGCCUUGGAGCCUAGCUUCUGUUCUGUGUUCAACAUGCCCACGUGCAUCCUGCACUGCCUGUCACCCUGCCUGGCUUGGAGCUUUCUCAAGGCUGGCUUUGCCCGCCAAGGGGCCAAAGAGAAACAGCUGCUGAAGGAGGGCAAUGCAUUCAAUGUGUCAUCCUUCGUGCUGCGGGCCAUGAUGAGUGGCCAAUACUGGCCUGAGGGCGACGAGGUCUAUCAUGCUGAGCUCACCGUGCCCGUCCUGCUUGUCCAUGGCAUGCAUGACAAGUUUGUGCCAGUGGAGGAAGACCAGCGCAUGGCUGAGAUCUUGCUCCUGGCUUUCCUGAAGCUCAUUGAUGAAGGCAGCCACAUGGUGAUGCUGGAGUGUCCAGAGAUGGUCAACACGCUGCUCCACGAAUUCCUUCUCUGGGAGCCCGAACCCUCGCCCAAGGCUCUGCCAGAGUCCCUGCCUGCACCCGUGGAGAAUAAGUAGUCGCUUCGCCGGGUGGGCAUCGCUUGGUGAGCCAAAGAGCAGAAAGAUGCAGCUGGAGAUGGUGCCAGGUCUGCAGAGCCAGACCACUUGGGCAGGCCGUUCGCUCCGGUGAGCGGGGCUGGGUCAGGGAGAUGGCCCCAGGUCAGCUGGACAGGGCAUGGCAUCCAUGAGAGCCAGGUGAACGCCCUGCUCUCAGUUUGUGUCCUGCGAGGCCUAUCAGUGUUUCAGGACCCCAGCCAGAACCCCAGUAGAGGAUGACCUUGUACAGAAGCCCCCUUUCCCCCAAGGCCAUGGCCAAGGCAGGCCCUCCAGCCCUCCCUUUGUCUUCUGUGUCAGCCAUGCUUGAUCCUGGGACCCAUGAGCCCUUCAGGGACCCUCAAGGCCCUGCCCCAUUGCCCAAGACCCUCCCGACCCCCCAUUCCUAGGCGCUGGGAGCUACUGUUGCCCAAGGUGGGAGGGAUUGGGGGGUGCUGCCGAAUCUGCACAUCUCAACUUGUAACUCAAUAAAAAGAAGUGACAAUCCGA